CGGGGCAGUACUUCCGGAAGCGUGUGGCUGUGGACUACAGCCACGUCGGGUGGUGGGCUCUGCCCCCGGGACCAUGCUGCUACGAGCCGCCUGGAAGCGAGCGGCCUUGGCCGUGAAGGCGGCUCGCGGGUCGAGGCCCGCGGCGCUCACUCGGGGGCUGCGCCUGCGCGUUGUAGACCAUGCUCCCCAGUCGGCUGUUCCCUCAGAUAGAGCCACUGCUUCGGAGGCGGAGUCAGUGCUGCGACCUCUCUAUAUGGAUGUGCAAGCUACAACUCCUCUGGACCCCCGGGUGCUUGAUGCUAUGCUCCCUUACCUAGUCAACUACUAUGGGAACCCACAUUCCCGGACACAUGCUUAUGGCUGGGAGAGUGAGGCAGCCAUGGAACGUGCUCGCCAGCAAGUAGCAUCUCUGAUUGGGGCUGAUCCUCGUGAGAUCAUUUUCACUAGUGGCGCUACUGAAUCCAACAACAUAGCAAUUAAGGGUGUGGCCAGGUUCUAUAGGUCACGGAAAAAGCAUUUGAUCACGACCCAGACAGAACACAAAUGUGUCUUGGACUCCUGCCGUUCACUGGAAGCUGAGGGUUUUCAGGUCACCUACCUCCCAGUGCAGAAGAGUGGGAUCAUCGACCUGAAGGAACUAGAGGCUGCCAUCCAGCCAGAUACCAGCCUGGUCUCAGUCAUGACUGUGAACAAUGAGAUUGGAGUCAAGCAGCCUAUUGCAGAAAUAGGGCAGAUUUGCAGUUCCAGAAAAGUAUAUUUCCAUACUGAUGCAGCCCAGGCGGUUGGAAAAAUCCCACUUGAUGUCAACGACAUGAAAAUUGAUCUCAUGAGCAUCAGUGGUCAUAAAAUCUAUGGUCCCAAAGGGGUUGGUGCCAUCUACAUUCGUCGCCGUCCCCGUGUGCGUGUGGAGGCCCUGCAGAGUGGAGGGGGGCAGGAGCGGGGUAUGCGGUCUGGGACAGUGCCCACACCCUUGGUGGUGGGGCUGGGGGCAGCGUGUGAGGUGGCACAGCAAGAGAUGGAGUACGACCACAAGCAGAUCUCAAAGUUAUCAGAGCGGCUGAUACAGAAGAUAAUGAAGAGCCUUCCAGAUGUGGUGAUGAAUGGGGACCCUGAGCACCAUUACCCUGGCUGUGUCAACCUCUCCUUUGCAUAUGUGGAAGGGGAAAGUCUGCUGAUGGCACUCAAGGAUGUUGCCUUAUCCUCAGGGAGUGCCUGUACCUCGGCAUCCCUGGAACCUUCUUAUGUCCUUAGAGCAAUCGGCACUGAUGAGGAUUUAGCACACUCUUCUAUCAGGUUUGGCAUUGGACGCUUCACUACAGAGGAGGAAGUGGACUACACAGUGGAGAAGUGCAUUCAGCACGUGAAGCGUCUUCGAGAAAUGAGCCCUCUCUGGGAGAUGGUGCAGGAUGGCAUUGACCUCAAGAGCAUCAAGUGGACCCAACACUAGAAGAGUGGGCACCUGACUUUGUGCUGGCCUGGUCCCUCCUUCCUCACUGACCCACAGUGAGGUGCUCCAUGGUCACACCAGAAUUGGUAUAGCCCUGUUAACUUCAGCAUCAGCCCACCUCCAAGACAGAAACACAAACUAUCUUUCCCUGACCUCAGUUCCUUUGGUGGAAAACACUCCCCAUUUCUCUCCAGGAGUUCUUCUCCAGUCUUACAGUGUGUAGACAUUCUCAUUCUGAAGCAGUAGAGAUAUUUGCUAUGAUAUUGCUGCUGGACAUGUCUGUGUCCUUGGUGGGGAUAGCAAGAGGAACUGGAAGAAGGCUCUUUAUUCAGGGACCCUGCUACUCUAUGUGGAUACUUGAGUCGUCGCUUUUUGCUGCUCAUCUGAACUGGCUUCUCCAGCAACAAGCAUAAUCAACUUUGAUUUAAUCUUCUUUUUGGCUGCAAAGGAUAUCUCUUCAUAUUGACUGUAGACUGAACAGCAAGUUCCUUGGAAGGCUUGUCUCCUUUCUGCUCUCAUCCUCCUUCCUUUCUUUCUACCUAAUGGAGCUAGAAAUAUCUAUUAUGACUCUACCCAUUAUUCUAAUAAUUUAUGUUUCUUUCCUUAAAAUUUUUAAUUUGAAGAUUGGAGAAAUAAACUCAUCUUUUUUUUUUUUCA